AAAAUACAGAGCAAAAGUACUUUGCUCUUGCUUUUCCAUGGCUUUUCGCGAUGGAUUUUCUCGUUUGGCCGUUGUCACUGGAAACUCUACCAGUUUAGUGCAAAAUUUUCCUUUGCAUCGUCAAGUUGUGUGUCCUACUGCUGAUUCUCUAGUGGUGCAAAAAAGAAGAAGUGCAAAUUAUGCUCUCACCCCGUGGAUUUCAGGAAAUAAAAGAUCACAUUUCUGUCAAUGAAGACAAAAUCCAUCUUUUGGAAGAAAUAAAUGCCGUCCUGAAGGAGAGGCAUGAUCACGAGUCCAACUACAAGGCAAUGUCGCUGAAAUUUGCAAAGAUGCAAAAAGAGGAGCGAGAACGUCAGGAUGAGUACGACAAGACACGCAAGGAGUUGCUGAGUGAGCUGGAGCACAAAGGGGCGCACCUGUGCAAGGAGCAUGCUCGACUUCUGCACCAGAUUGAGCACAUCCAGUGGCACCUCGAGGGAUGCGCUAAGCACCACAAGCCACCGUGUCACGGUAAAUCGCGCGAUAAUAUCCACCGCCAUCACCACGAUAAGAAGCUACCACCAGCAACGGCUGCCACAACGGCCACAACCACAACGGGUGCAACAAGUUGCCAGUCCUCGGCCACCACUCACGCUCCAGUGCAUGGGCACGCGCACCCACCAGCGCGCCCAUCGCAGAUGGCAAACUUGCGCAACACAUCUGAACGUCUUGUGAAGCAUAUUGUGGAUCUGAGGAAGAGGACUUUUGUGCUGCAAGAGCGGCUAGAGCAUGAGGUUGUACGCAAGAAGGAGAUGGAAAAGAAACUGUCGGAGAUUCGUAAGGAUAUUUCGCGCCAGAAGAAGUUGCUCUCAAUGCGUCGCGCUACGCCAUUGCCGGCUCUACCGCCUGUGGCCACGAAGAAGCAAAUCCCCGCCAAAUAGCCUUUAGCGAGGAGCAAUUCAGAAAGCGAUUGCUGUCUGAGGUGCCCUCAUAAAGGAAUUUGUCGUUCAGCGACAACAUGGUUGGACUAAGAAUGAUAAGAAAAUAUUAUAAUGAAGAUGGACUGGAAUGGCUCAAAUGGAUUGGACUUGAUGACUUCUUGGAGAAAACGAUGCAAUAUUAUUAAAAAAAAAAAUUAAAAAGGAAAUGAGAAUUGGCACAUGGCACAGCAGUUUAUAUAAAAGAUAGAAAAUUGCACACACAUAAGUUAAUCAUGUAAUGUUAGAGACUUUACAAUUUUUCUUACCCCACAAUCCUUUAACACGACAAAGAAGUUUUACCGGAAGUGUUGAGUUUUGGAAAUUCUAAGAUGGGUUUUUUUAGUAAGAUGUGAUUAUGGAUGUGUUAUAUGAGGCCUUUGUGGCCUGUUUGAUCAUUUUAUAGAUGUGAAUGAACCCUCAGAUAGCGGAUGGCGA